AUGGAUUCGCCUCUUAUGGAAGCGGGAAUGGACAGUCUGUCCAGCGUGGAGUUUCGCAACCAGGUCCGAAAUCUGGUUCCGGGCAUCAAUUUGCCUGCUUCAAUGGUUUUCGAUUAUCCGAACCUCAAAUCGAUGACGGACUUUAUCCACAACAAAACCUCAGAAAGCUGA